AUGCAGGGAAUGCGCAAUCUGAAGGACGCCGAACUCGAUUUCUCGACUCACUUCAAGCACUUGAACUCGACGAAUGAAACGUCGACCAGUGCAGUCGGAGAUGACUGCGCGUCAACUCUCGUGCUCGAGGCAAGUAUUGAUAGAGUUAAAAAAGAUAUAUAUAUUGAAAGCAAACUAGAUUACGAAGUAGACUACAGCAUGGAAACAUUGAGGAGGGGCACGAGCGCCUACGCAUGCGCGCGCGGGGGGUGCAUAAAAGACGCAAAGACAUACCAUGCCCCAAUCGGGAAGGGAGAGGAGGGACGACUGCAGCAAGAGGAUGCCGUGGAUGGAAGUUUGUCUGUGGCUGUGGAGGGUAGUCGACGACUCGAGAGGCUGCAUGCAGUGUACGGGAAGGACGUCGGCGGCUGUAGAGGACGGCCGUUGUCGAGGGAGGCAUCUGUUUGGAGGGAGGAAAAGUUGUCUUUGAGGAUUGUAGUCGUCUUGAGCCAGUCGACGGAAGGGAAAAUCGGGAUUCGGAAGGGUGUUGCACGAGGGAGCCUCGAGCAGCAUUGGUGUUUGGCGGGAGAUAGUAGAGAGGCAGUAGAGAAGGCAUGCGCUGACCACGAGGAACUGGUGGUCAACCCACUGAAGCACCGUGACCUCCGCUGCCCGGUUCUCUGA